CUGUGUCAGUGGUUGGGGCCGUUGCCCUGGAGACGAAGUAACACAUCUCAGCUGCCGGAAGUCACUCUCACCCUGAGCCUGCUGUAAUGAAAGUCGUGUUGUGAUGCUGAACAUACUGAAGUCAGCUUAACAGGGAUGUCGCAAUGGAUUUAAACACAGAAAACAUGGCUCACAUUUUGGAAAAUGAUAAUUUUUUCAAGACUUCAUACCAAGAACCAGAAGAAGGCAUGGAAUCAUUUCCCAUAAGAGCAAAACCUUCAUGGCAGGAUGUGAAAGUCAACAAAGUGAAGAAUGAUGGAGGAUUACUGGUGACACAUGUCAAUCAGACUCAUGAUCUGCUGAGAGUGACAGACACAGAGAAUAAGAAGAGUGAUUCUCAGAGCUCGGAGGAAUGGCUUCAAUACCAUGAUAUCGAGUCCAUGCAUCUCACCAUUGAAGAUCUGCUGAACCUGGGACACAUUGUCAUGAAACCAUCAAAAAAUGCCUCCAAGCAGAUUGAAUUUACAGCUGAGACAAUAAAUGAAUUUGAGUUAAAAAUACGUGAGACUAUUGAAGAUUACCAUAAGAGAAUUAACUGGCUGAUGGAAAGCAGCAGAAAGAUGUUUGGCCUUGUAAAGGGGAAAAACGUUGGAUUGCUAAUAGAUUCAUCACAUCUAAACUGUGGACCAAGGAGAAUGGAUUUCCUAAGAGGCCUGUUGUGCCUUGUAGAUGAGCAGAUAUGUUACAAGGAUACCAUAUAUCUGAUGUCCUUUGGAACAGAUGUUUCAUGCCUUUGGGAUUCUCCAAGGAAUGUUUCUGCCCAAAUAGUGCAUGAAGCCAGGCAGUGGAUUCAAGAACUGCAACCUCGUGGAGGCUGUAACUUACUUCUGGCGCUAAGGAAAGCACUGAACAUCCAAGACUUGGAUUCACUUGUCAUUAUUGUCAGCAGCUGCCCUGACCAGGCGCCGGAUGUCUUAGCGGACUACAUCUUGCAAUGCACCCUGGGAAAAAAUCUUCAACUUCAUGUUGUAUCAUUUGACAGCAUCGCCCAGGCUGAUUUACAAAGACUGGCGGACACAAUUGGGGGACGUUUUCAUUGCUUCUCUUCUUGGAAAGAGGAUGAGAUCUAUGCCAGCACUGAUAUCAAGCUUCUGAUUAAAGAGGUGCACAAAGCCAAUGACCUGCUAAAUAAGAUAAAUGAGAUGCGUCAAGGAUCGCUCGAUGAUGCACUUAUUAAAAUAAUGCAGGAGAUAUCAACAAGAGUGGCUAAAAUCCCUCCCUCUGCUUUCCUUCCAAAACCUCCUAAUCACGAUGGACCACUGAACAUAGAGAUUUCAGAUUUUUCACCAAAAACUUCAACUAAAUGGCUUAAGAAAAAUGGAUUAAAAGCCAAAAAACUGAGCCUCUACCAAGUACUAGCUCCGAAUGCAUAUUCCCUUGUAGAGGAUUUUGUUCCUAUACUUCAGAAAAGAGUCUCAUCCACGCUCCAUGAGCGGGCAAUGAUGCAGUUUGAAUGGCAUGAUGGCACAGUGAAAAACAUUCAUGUAGACCCUCCAUUGUUGUAUGAAUAUCAGAAACAGCUAGCAAAAGUCGCUCAGACCUAUGAAAAAAGAAUAGACUGGCUUACGAAAGGAAGUAGAAGAAUUUGGGGAACUAUUUGUGAAAAAAGGGUUAUUUUGCUUGUGGACACGUCAGUUGAGAAUGCUAUGCAUAUUAUACAUAUCCAACAUUCUCUGAGACUUUUACUGGAGGAACAAAUGGGAAACAAAGAGUUAUUUAACAUUAUAUCAUUUGGAAAUGAGAUCCAAUUUUGGAAGCCAGGAAUGGUUCCCACAACUUCAGAAAAUCUGCAAAGUGCUUGGAAGUGGAUCCUGAACCUCCAGUGUGAGGGUGGGAGAAAUGUUGUGGGUGCCAUUAAAAGAGCUAUUGAAUUUAACAUCAAUGACAGAGAAGAUGAAGAAUCCCAGGGAAUAUAUUUAUUUACUAGUGGUCUCCCAGAUCAAGACCUUCAUGUAGUGUCUGCGUACUUGUCUGAAGCUGCCUCUGGCUGUGAUUUGCAUCUUCAUGUCUGCUUGUUCAGUAUUGGUGAUGACAGCUCUGAUCACAUCAGUGACAGGAGUGACACAAUCCGUGUUCUACAAGAUUUGGCUCAUGUCACUAAUGGAAGGUUUCACUGGUUUGCUGACAAAGGUAAUAUUGAAAGCGAUGACAUCACUUGUCUUGUCUCAGAGAUGGAAAAGGCUCUUAACUACUCCAAAAAGUGUGCUUUUUUGGUUGAAACGUUAAAACGCCGCCCUGGGAAUAAAGAAGAGAACCAGAUGCCACCAGCGGAAGGAUCAGUGGUGCCAUAUCAGAAAGAGAAAUGCAGGCCAAAAUCACUGCCACUUCCAAAACCUACUGCGCUCACACUCGCCAGAAUGGGCAUUAAGAAUGAUCAAGAUGGGAAGAACACUAACAUGAAAGCAUUGUUGUGGCGGCCAAAUAGUGCCAAAGCUGACAUUCCUCCAGCUCAGGCAUUUAAAGACUGGGAUCUGGCUAGUGACAAGAAAGUAAAACAAAAGAAACAACAGAGAGCAUCUUUUGAUGUUUUUUACACUGAACAUGGAAGAAAUAUUGGGGUGGUGUACAAAGACUAUCCAGCAACCAAAACUGUGAGAAAAAGUAUUCCCUUCAUUGCACUGCCUAAAGAAGAGGAAUGCUGUUCAUCCAAAUUGUGGCUGAAAAAAUACGGUUUGAAGAAGCUGAAGUUACAGCUCACCAAGCUGAUAUCUGGUCCAGAUUGCACUCACCAGAAAAAGUUGGUGCCGGCAUUACACAAACGUGUUUCUGCAAAAUACUGCACUAUUUUCCCAAGUGUGGAGGUUAACGGAGUGGUGAAACACCUUCAAUUUCAGCCCAAGGAGCUAGAGGAAUAUAUUGAGCAACUGGAGAAGGUUUUGAAACGCUAUAUUCAGCGACUGCAGUGGCUUUUAUCUGGGAGUCGACAGCUGUUUGGAGUGGUGUUGGAGAGUAAAGUGUGUAUAUUAAUUGAUUCAUCCAGUUCCAUGGCUCCUUUUCUACCAGAGAUGCAAAAAGGCUUGAUCUCACUGCUGUGGGAACAACUAAGGGCUAGAAACAUUUGGUUCAAUAUAAUCAGCUUUGCAGAGAACAUUGAGCAAUGGCAGGAUUGUUUGGUGGAAGCCACUGAUGAAGCAUGUCAGGAUGCUGUACAGUGGCUCUCCAGGCUUCAGCCUCGAGGAAAUUCCUGUAUUGUCCAUGCUAUCGAGAAAAGUUUUUCUUACUUGGAUGUACAAGGUGUUUAUCUGCUGACAGAUGGAAAGCCAGACAACAGCUAUAACUUAUUACUGGCUGAGAAACUUCUGGGGUCUCAUGGUGUCAAAGUGCACACUGUUUCAUUUAACGCUUCAGAGAGAGCAGGCAAUGAAUUCUUAAAGAGGCUGGCAUGUUUGUCAGGCGGGAGAUUCCAUUCAUCUCAUGGACAUAUGGACGGACAUUUUGUUGCUCACAGGAUGCUAACUGAGGGGUUCACAGAUGAAGAUGAUCCUGUUCUUCCAAUAUUUGAAGGUGAUGAUCUUAAAAAACUUGCUAAGGAAAUAGAUCAAGCUCGCCAGUUUAUCACCCAAGCCAGAUCAUUCCGGUCUCUCGUCCUGGAAAAACAGAAGUUCAUCUCCAAAGAUGUACCCAUGGAAGGAAGUGAUGUCUCAGAAGACAGAAACGGGGUUAUGGCCGGAAGAAUCACCUAAUGAAGAACAUACUCUGAAAUUUUCUUGGUAUCUUUUACUAAUUGAUCUACAUGUUCCUCUUGAAAUUUGUUUAGCUGUAUAGUGUGAAUAUGAAACAGUACUGUACAACAUAUCAUUUGCAAUAGAUCACUGAAGCAGUUUGACUUUAGUUAACAGAAAUGUGUGCUAAAUUUUAUGAUCACAAAAAGGUUCUCAAAGAUUUAUUUUUUUAUCUUAAUUACACCAAUGGGUGAAAAUUAAUUUUCAAACCCUCAACAGAUCUAAUAUCAGUUUUAGUUUAUGUUAGCUGAGACUUGUACUGAGGAUAUAUACAGGGCCCAUUUCCAUUGCUGCUGUUUGCCUGCACUUUGGUAAAAAUCCAACCCACUCAAAUACAAAAUUGAUUUUUUUUCCAUUAUAUUCAAUGGUAGAAUUUCCAUCUAUGCAUUUCUGUAGGCUUCAGUUUAUUAAAAUGCAACUGGCAGCUUUUACGCUUCCAUUUUUUAGAAUAUGUUUACGUUUUUAUUUUUAAUGGCCUAGCAUGCAAACCAGAAGUAAAGCACAUACAAAAUGGAACAAGCCAAAAGCAAACUGUAUGUGCCUAUAAAAAUGAAAACGCCUAUAGGCUGCUAAUACUUCAGCAGGCCAUAGGUAAUUUCUUUUGUUCAGCCAGAGGGCUG